CAAGUAUAAAUAGCAUUUCUAAUAUUUAUAUCCAUAAGCUUAUUAUGCCCUCGCGCCAUGGCUACUAGCUAGAAGCCUGUACAAGGAAACCAAGCUACAUCCCCUCCUCCUAUAUAUAUAUAUAUAUAUAUACAUAUCUUAGCUCCAAUACACUCAACGUUUAGACAGCCGGUAAUCAUAGCAAUGGAUUCCAAACCUCCUAUGCUUCAGUUUAUAUUGAUACCCUUGAUGGCCCAAGGCCACCUUAUCCCCAUGGUAGACAUGGCCAGAAUCCUUGCACGACGCGGCGUGACCGUCACCAUCAUCUCCACCCCCUCCAACACCAUCCGGUUCCAUGCGACCAUCGACCGCGACAUUGAAUCAGGCCUUCCCAUCCGUGUUCUCCAGGUCCAGUUUCCGUCUUCCGAGGCUGGCUUACCCGCAGAGUGUGAUAGCGUCGACACUCUCCCCUCUGGAGGGUUGCUAAAGAACUUCAUCGUUGCGCUUCGGAUGUGGCAGCGGCCCCUGGAACAAUCUCUGAAGGAGAUGAAUCCCGGUCCAAGCUGCAUAAUAUCCGACAAGGCAAUCUCAUGGACAGCCGAUACGGCUAGCAAGUUUCGAAUUCCUAGGCUUGUUUUUGAUGGAACAAGCUGCUUCACCCUGUUGUGCAACCAGAGUUUGUAUGACUCCAAGGCCUACGAACAUGCCUCGUUUGGGGAGCGCUUCGUUGUGCCAGGUUUGCCUGAUCAUAUUGAGUUUACCAGGGCGCAGCUGCCGGAAACCUUCAACCCUGGCUCGCUGGAUAUCACAGAUACACGCAAAGAAAUGAGAGAAGCUGAGGACAGAGCAUUUGGGGUUGUUGUCAAUAGCUUCGAGGAGCUGGAACCGGCAUAUGUCGAUGAAUGUCGCAAGUUGAAAGGAAACAAAGUUUGGUGCAUUGGGCCGGUGUCCAUGUGCAACCGGGAGAAGAAAUAUAAGGCUCAGCGAGGUAACAGGGCCUCUGUUGAUGAGCAGCAGUGUCUGAGGUGGCUUGAUUCAUGGCCUCCAGGCUCUGUGAUUUACGCCUGCCUUGGCAGCCUGAGUCAACUCUCAUCACUGCAAUUGAAAGAGCUUGGUUUAGGCCUCAAUAUGUCGAGCCGGCCAUUCAUAUGGGUAAUAAGAGGAAACAAAACCAGCGAGUUGGAGAAAUGGAUAGCGGAAGAAAGAUUUGAGGAAAAAACAAAUGGAAAAGGCCUAUUGAUCAGAGGCUGGGCUCCCCAAGUGUUGAUCCUAUCACAUACUUCAGUAGGCGGGUUCUUGACGCACUGUGGGUGGAACUCGACACUCGAAGGGGCUUGUGCGGGUGUGCCGAUGAUAACGUGGCCUCUGUUUGCAGAGCAAUUUUAUAAUGAGAAGCUGAUAGUGCAAGUUUUGAGAAUUGGGGUGAGGGUGGGGGCUGAGGCUGCCGUGCGCUGGUGGGAAGAAGAGAACAUUGGGGAAUUGGUGAAGAGGGAGGCCGUGAAGAGAGCAAUAGAGGAGGUCAUGGAUGGAGAAGAGGAAGGAGAGGAAAGGAGAAGAAGAGCUAAAGAGCUCAAGGAGAUGGCAAAGAGGGCAGUGGAAGAAGGAGGGUCGUCUUUCCUCAACGUUGGAUUCUUAAUUGAGGACAUCAUGCAGCUGCAAGCCCUGGCCAGUCGAACCAAUACAGGGGCAAAUUUAGGUGCUGGUGACAGUCAAUGCUUGGAAAGGGUUUAAAUUAAAAAAAAAAAAAAAAGGAUUAAAAUUCAACGAUUGGGCCUACAAAUUUCUUUUUCAGUUUUCGAAGGUGCAUGUCAAUUAUUAAUUAUCCAGGAGCUAUGAGUGUUUUCGUGCUUAUCUUGAAAGGGAUAUUGAUGUUGCUAAUGAGGAAUUCAAAUUCCUUUGCUA